ACCCUGUUACUCAAUAAUUGUGACGUCUCCAAUGUAAUCGUAUUUGGAGGUUAUUGUUUCCUUUUUUAUCUACUUUUCUAACGAAAACAAAGAGCACUAUUAAUUGGUAAUGAUAUUAUAAAAGUCCAGAAUUUUUUGAAGCAUUAGCGUAAUCUGUUUAGGAGUCAUACUACCACUUUUAUCGUUCGUAUAGUAGUACACUUUACACAGUUCGAUCAGUUUCGCUCGUCAGUAUACUUUUCGCAUUUAAUGACUUUUUAAACAGCUAAAUGGUAUCACGUACUGUUUAAGCGGAAGUUUGUAUUUUAUCAUUGAAGAUAUACAUAUUAUCUGUAUGUAGUGUAAAUAGCUUUAACCUAACACUCCAUAACAAUACUCUAUUUAUGAAUUUUUUUUUCGUACGUGCGUGUGUGUAAACAAACAGAUAUGGAAAAAUUAACACAUUUAUGGAACGUGAAUCAAUUUAUUACAAAAUUAAAUUGUUCACAAAGUAGAAAUUUGCAAACGUUUUACAUAGAAAGAUGUAGGCAGUAUACGCGUGGAAUACAACCAUCGUCUCAAAAUUUUGGUCCUUCUGUGAUGUGCCCAUAUUGUGGAUCACUUUGGAAUACUAUAGAUCAUAGCAUUAGAUUAUCACGAGGUAAACCACUUUCUAAAUCCAUAAAAAAAAUUGUACACUCUAUGAAUAAUGGUAAGAAAAGAAUACCUGAAGUUCAAAGAAGUUUGGCAGAAAAAUGUUUAAAAAAUAAAAUGAACAAGUUGGUACUUAAAUGCUCAGUUUGUUCAAAAAGUACAAGAAUAUCUUUUAAUAAACCACAAAGGGAAAAAGUACAAAAAAUUAGGACAGAAAGUAUUGAAAGAUCAAAAAAACGGAAGAAGAAGAGGACCAAGGAUAGAACAGCUGGCUUAAAUGUUUCUGGAAUUUCAAAUUUGAAUGAGAAAAAUGUUCAAACCGAGGAAUUGAAAGAAACCAACAUAAAAAAAGUUAGGAGCACUGCAAAUUUUAUUACACCAACUCAACAGAAAAUAAAAAUGAUUAAUAUAGAUCGAUUAAAAAACAUAAUAAAUCAAGGUGCAACACCUCCAAAAAGGAAGAGUUUACAUAGUUUCUUAACAGAGCUUUGUUGAAAAUUAGUUUAUUGUUAAAGUAUUUUAUAAAAUUUUCUAUAAACACAAAUUCACGUUUAUUACAUAAAAAACAUCUGUAACCCUUUUAUACAUAAACCAAAAAAAGAAGAUAGCGAGAAGAAUAAAAAAAUUGAUAUUUUAGUUUUCAAGUUCUAUACUAAAAGACUGAUUACUUUUAUACAUUAAAUACUAAACAAUUUUCAAUCUUUGUUUACUUUAAUCGUCAAUAAUUGUUCUCUACAUCACUGUCCAUAUGAUAAAAUAAAUACACUAUACAUGAUGUAUUAGAAGCGGAA